AUGGCUGACUCUCACUUGUCUGGCUCCGUAGGAAGCUACAACAGCAGCUCUCCCACCACCAGUGCUUGGAACAUCACCGGCAGCGGCCCGUGGCUGUUGGCCUUCAUGCUGACUGUCAUCAUCCUCAUGACAGUCUGUGGCAACAUGUUGCUUAUCGCUGUGGUGUUUGCCCAUCGCUCUUUGCGUUGCACCUCAAACUGCUUCCUGGUGUCUCUGUUCCUGUCUGACCUCAUGGUGGCCCUGGUGGUCAUGCCCCCAGCCAUGCUCAAUGUGUUGUGUGGGGCCUGGGUGCUGUGGCCUGCCUUUUGCCCGAUUUGGCUCUGCUUUGACGUCAUGUGCUGCAGCGCGUCCAUUCUCAACCUGUGCGUGAUCAGCCUGGACCGCUACCUUUUCAUCAUCUCACCGCUGCGCUACAAGCAGAGGAUGACUCCACCUCGGGCGUUGCUCCUGGUAGGGGCUGCUUGGGGGUUGGCAGCUUUGGCUUCCUUCCUUCCCAUUAAGAUGAAAUGGCACAGCUUAGGCCAUUGGAGUGGACACUCAUCGCUGUCACCAUCGGGAGGCCUUUCCUUCCAGUGCCGCCUGCAGGUCACCCUGCCCUUUGCCCUGGUGGCAUCUGUACUCACGUUCUUUUUGCCCUCCAGCGCCAUUUGCUUCACUUACUGUCGGAUCCUUCUGGUAGCGCGGAGGCAGGCGAAGAGGGUCGCAGCGCUGAGCCACCCACCGCACCCCCAUCCCUCUCUAGGGGAACCCUCCAGGCCUCCGUCACCUAGGCCGUCAGUGAACAGUGAGCGUUGUCUGGCUCACAGGCAGGGUCGGAGGGCACUGAAGGCCAGUCUGACACUGGGAGUCCUCCUGGGUCUCUUCUUCAGCGCUUGGCUGCCCUUUUUCAUCACCAAUAUGGCUCAGGCAGUGUGUGAGUGCGUCCCCAUGGCGCUCUUCGACGCCAUCACCUGGCUGGGCUACUGCAACAGCACCAUGAACCCAAUCAUCUACCCGCUGUUCAUGAGAGACUUCAAGCGGGCUCUGGGGAAGCUCUUGCCCUGCUGUUCCUCGCAGUCUCCGAGAAGACCCUCGCCAGCGCUUUCCCUCUCUCUCCGCAACUCAGGAGACCCCAACAUCGCCAGCAGCACCCCCUCUCCGCUGGCCUCUGACCCCACACAGGCCCCCGCCACUGCCACUGAUGCGGUCAACCUGCUGGAUGCAGAGCACGCUGGCAUCGAUUUGCCUCUGCUUCUGCCCAAUCAGGUCGACACCCUGGAUUGA